GUGGUUUCGGGGAAGUCUUAUUACGGCCCCAGCGGCGGGUUUUUGGAUCGACAUAGAUUUCCCUCGCUCGGAUGUAACUUUGUUGUUUUAUCCGACUCUUUUUUGCUUUCCUGAGCCCCUGUUUAAAGUCAUCUUCGUUCUUUAUGAGCCGUCAGCUUCCUCGGCGCCCCUUAUUCAACCGCUUACUGCGCAUGCGUCAGCUGUCCCAGCCUGGCGAGCGCUUCAGCGCAGGCUUCGGCGGGAGAUGGCCACGUGACCCUCCCAGCGAGCGCCUAUUGGCUGGCUUCAACACCUUUCUAGAUACGUCCCUUGUUGUGUCAGUGCUGAAACGGUCGUUAUGGUGACGUGAUCGCUUUAACCCGUUCCAUCACCGUAGCUUCUCACAAUCAUUACAGGGUGAAAUAAUAAUUUCUAAAAAGAUUCCCCAGAAGUCAGCUGAUGCCUGAAGUAAUGACCGAGGUCACGUGCGUACAAAGAAAGUUUUGUCUUUUUGUUUUUUUUGGUCAUUCUCCGAGGCGGUUACGUGCCGCGUGAGUGAGCUGAGUAGCCGUGACGUCACCGUCUCGCGAGAUGAGAGCUAUGACGUCAGGGUUAGCUGUCAGGCAGGAGUUGCAGUUUGAUGGCGUUGCGGGACGUUUAAGCUUCGAUGCUGGACUGUGUGGCCGAUACAUCUGAAAAAAUGGAAGGACUCAUACAUUACAUAAAUCAAGAGCAUGCAAGCUCCAUGCUAAGUGCUUUAAAUGAAGGACGUCUAAAAGAACAAUUUUGUGAUGUUCUUCUAAUUGUCGGGGACCAGAAAUUCCGUGCUCACAAAAAUAUAUUGGCUGCUACAAGUGAAUACUUCCAAAGCCUGUUUGCUGAAAAGAAUAAUGAAUCCCAAACAGUCUUUCAGCUGGACUUUUGCGAGGCAGAUGCAUUUGAAAGUGUUUUAAACUACAUAUAUUCCUCCUCAAUACUCGUGGAAAACAGUGGUCUCGCAGCUGUACAGGAACUGGGCUAUAGCCUGGGUAUCAAUUUUCUGACAAAUAUACUUUCCAAAACCCCACAAACACCUUUUUCUUCCAUUGAAAAUGCAGAUUUUAAAGAAGAGGAUGAAAGUGGCUCUCAGCAAAGAAGCGUUAUUGUUUGUCAGAACCGACUUGAGGCUCAAGAUAGAGACAACAGUCAUUUGCGGCGUGACAAAAGCCGGCCUUUAAAACCUUCAUUAUUGCCUCAAGGGAAGAUACAUGGAAAUAGGCAGCACUUGAGGUUAUCAGAACCACCGAACCGUUUGCUUGCAGAAAGAAAAUGGCAUAACUCUUAUGCCUCAGAUGAUCAAGGUGUAAGCAGGUGUUUAAAAAGAAAAUCCACUGUGCCUCAAAAAUCAUCUCCCCAACUAGACAGCGAGGACCAGCCUGGCAUAAGUGGAUGUUUGUUGGAAAAUGCACCCGAAACAUUUGAGAAUCAAAUGUUCGCAUCUGUACCACCUUCUUACUCGUCAUCGGAAUAUCCAUAUUCCAGUUUAGUAAGCAAAAAGGAAAGUGUUCCAGUUAAAGAGGAAGAAGAAGAAAGCGUGGUAUAUUACACUAAGCUUGGACUGAAUUCUUCUGCUGGGUCAACAAAUAAAAACACUGACCGCAGUGGCCCGCUUGUCAAAAGUCUUCUUCGGAGGUCUUUAUCUAUGGAUGGUCAAGUUCCGGCAUACUCACAUUCUACAGAUUUUCAAUCUGUAGAAGCAAUUAUUGAUAACUGUAACAAGGCAAUAGUCAGUGCAGGAUCGCAAAACCAAUUAAAAACCGGGUCAGACCUAGAUUUUAGAGACCAAGCACAAGAAAAAUCCAAUUUAAAAAUAUCAUUUACAUCUUCCAAGUCACACUCCAGGGAAUCGAUACCAGAAAAGGAUGUUCAAGUAAAGAAAGAACCUGGUAGUCCUCCUUCAGAAUCAAGUGAGAUAUUUAGGGUUACAGUGGGAGAUGCUUCACCACCUUUAAAAAGAGUGAUUCCUAAUAAAGGUGACGACCCUCCAAAUAUAAUUAAAAUGCCAAUUAAAAGAAAGCUUCAAGCUGACAGGCGUAUGCUGCCUUUUAGAAGAGUAAAAAUGAAAGCAGACGCCCCCCCUGAUCAAGAUACUUCUCUUGGUGAAGGAUCUUUGAUUUUGGAUGCUGACUCUUCAGAUUCAGAAAGCAGCAAAGAGCUCUAUGGAGUAGUGAGUGAAACAAGACAAAAUAAAAAGUUUAAGUGUAAACAUUGCCUUAAAAUAUUUCGGUCAACGGCCGGGCUUAACCGCCAUGUAAACAUGUACCACAACCCAGAGAAACCAUAUGCCUGUGACAUUUGUCAUAAAAGGUUUCACACAAACUUUAAAGUAUGGACACACUGUCAGACCCAGCAUGGCAUUGUUCGGAAUCCAUCUCCUGCAUCGAGUGGCAGCACUGUGUUGGAUGACAAAUUUCAACGAAAACUAGUUGACAUUGUAAGAGAACGAGAGAUUAAAAAAACACUUUUGUUUAGGUUAAGGCGUGGCAAACAGGGCUUUCAGGGAUCUUCUGGUAGUCCAGCACAAGCCCUCAGAAGAAGUUUACGGUCAAGAUCUAAGAGCUCUUACAUAUGUAAUCAUUGCGGAAAAUCUUACCGCUUCCUCUCUCAGUUUAAACAGCACUGCAAGAUGCACCCAGGGGAAAAAAAUCCAUUUGGGAGCAAGGAAAAUAAACCCAAAGAGCCUUCUCCUCCAAAGAGCCCAGUGGAAAAUGAAGAGCUCUUCAACUGCCGCCUUUGCAAUGCCAAGUUUCCGUCUUUUGUGGAGCAAGGUAACCAUGAACGUAUGUGUAGAAAUGCAACACUCUGCCCUUACUGUAGUCUUCGUUUUGCCUCGCCCGAUCUGAAAAAUGAGCACGAAAGCAAAUGUGAGUACAAGAAGCUUACAUGUCUUGAGUGUAUGCGUACAUUUAAGUCUUCUUUCAGUAUCUGGCGGCAUCAGGUCGAAGUUCAUAACCAAAACACAAUGGCUCCAACAGAGAACAUAUCGUUGCCGUUGAUCGAUCACAAUGGAGAAGUAAGGACUGUGUCGAGCAUGAGAUCGUUGGCAGAGUCAAGCAAAGUGAGUAGCUUUCUUUCGUCGAAAGAAGAGGGGAUUUACAGUGACUCGUCGGACCAUAUGAACUUCGAUUCCGAAGACUCCAGUUGUCUGCCUGAGGAUCUCAGCCUUUCCAAGCAGUUUGAUGUACAGGUCAAAGAAGAACCUGCAGACGACAUGGAAGAUGGCAGCGAAUCAAACUUUGGUCCCAAAGAUGAGCUCUCAGAUUCUGAAAGGGGUGUGUGGGCUUGUGAAAAGUGUGGAAAGAUUUUUACAGUGCAUAAGCAGCUGGAGCGACACCAGGAGCUGCUGUGUUCCGUGAAGCCAUUCAUUUGUCACAUAUGCAACAAAGCAUUCCGAACCAACUUCCGCCUGUGGAGUCAUUUUCAGUCACAUAUGUCACACGCGGGAGACUCUCCUUUGAAAGAACCUGAAAAUAGUGCUCCUGUAAGCUCCCCAUCACCACCUCCUCCUGCUCCUCCACAACCACCACCGCCGCCACCACCACCACCUCCUCCUCCCCCUAAACUUCAACCUGCAGUACGGGCCAGCCGCACAACUUACCCCGAUAAGAUCGCUCCUCCAAAAAUGUUUGCACCUCAAGAGUCGGACACUCUCUUUUAUCAUGCUCCCCCCCUUUCAGCCAUCACUUUUAAAAGGCAGUUCAUGUGUAAACUUUGUCACAGGACAUUCAAGACCGCUUUCAGCUUGUGGAGUCAUGAACAGACACACAAUUAAACUUCUUUGUACGCUGGUGCUAAAUGAAUAAAUUUGUAUGAAAUACCACUUAGAAAAAAUAGCCUCCGAAGAUCUUGACAUCUGACCAAUCUCUCUUGGUGUUAAAUAAAUAAGAUGAUGUGCAGUUACAUGGUCUAAUAUGUUGUUAGUUGAGCUGUUAAUAAUCAAUGUUUUUUUUCCGUGUGCAUCAAUACCUGUCCCUUUCUUAGUGCUUUUUUUUGAAUAUUUUUUGUUUUUUCCCCUUUAUAAUUGGAGAUGUGCACAGACUUAAAAGUAUUAGACAUCAGUGUGAAUACACUGCGUAAAGGGGAUGCAAAUCCCAAAAUUAACUUUGGCCUAAUGAAAGAAAAUGUAGUAUAUAGCAACAGAUUUUUAUUGGUCUUCAUUUUAGUUGUUAAUGCUGUUGACUGCAAUAUUUAGCGGAUAUUUACAAAGACCCAGGGCAGGUGCAAAAGCUUGCCUCUUCGUGCUUUAUGUGGAAUGAAAGUUAGUGUGCAGGAGGGAAUGCCGUCAUGCCUGCCCCUCAUGGAUACAGAGUCAGACGCUGGCAGUGCUGUAUUCAUGAGGGCUGCUGUGAAAUGCAUAGACCUGAGGCAAUUUAAAGGGAGUGGAAGGCAGGAUGCAAAAAAAAAAAUGGUGAAUUGUGCAUUUUUGCACUUUGCACCCUGCCUUUCACUUGGUAAAUGAGUCCUUUUUGUUAGGAGCAAAGGUCAGCCCUUAUGUUUCUUGUUUCUCCUGCUGACCGGCUGUCUUCUGCUGCAUCGUUACAAAAGUCAGAGCCACCAGGGCCGAGAAUAAAAUGGGAUAAACACUGCUGUCCAUCGCCAUUCCACUUGCAGUUUGACAAGUACAAAUUUAAAAAGGACAUGUACAAAUUUAAUCAAUAAAUAUUGGAAAUGUGCUUAGAAUUACAUUUUGGAUCAUUAGGCAGUUUUUAUUUUUAGGUUUGCAUCCCGUUUAAUUUUUUUUUUCUUUUUUGUGGUUAUAUUUUUACCAAGUACAAAUAUUUGUAAAACUCGGAUAUAGAUUGCCUGGAGUGCAGGUUGUGAAUAUUCUGUUCAGUUUUAUUGAAGAGAUUGCUAAUAAGGUAUUGGGAGGGGAGGAAAGUCAAAUAUUUCACCCCAGGUAAUUUACCUUUAUGGGAUGCCUACCCAGCAGCCACUGUUGCUAAUUUUUUUUCUUUGGUCAGAGUAUAUAUAUAUUUUUUUUAAUUUGUAAGACUUCCUUUUCUUUAAAAACAGUGGCAACCUAAUUUUUUUUUUGUUUCUGUGAAAAUGUUUCAUUAUUAUAGUUAAUUUGACCUAAAACAUAAACUAAAACUUCUCUCUAUCCAAAGGUAACAUUAAUGCCCAUCUGGACUACAUUUGCUCUGCAGAUAACUAUGCUGUGUGUUUAGCGCCUUAAACGUGUGCACAUAGUUAUAUAUAUAUUUUGUUAAGAGGGUUACGUUCGGAAUUGGAUGACCCUCAACUUUCCUAUUUGUCAUCAGAGAGUAGGGAGAUUCUCAUCGCAGCGUUCCAGCGUUCAUGUAACGUUCUCCGUAAUAGUUGUAGGACUGCUGCUUUAUUUAUUAUUCGCUAUUAUCCUUAUAAAAUAAAAAAGGAAUUCUACAAAUAAGGUGAAAACAGGAAAAAAAAGCACAAUAAUUGCUCUAACAAUUUACACAAUGUUUGAUGUUUAAGUAUUUCAAAUUAAACAUUUUUAAAUGAAA